AUGUUCUUGAGCACCAACUCCACAUCCUCAAAGAUUCCAAGAUCCUCAUGUGUCAUCAUGUGGGUACUUGGUCUCCACAAAGUCCAUGGAGAAGAGAGCAUUGUAGUGCUCUUGGUACAUGGGGAGCUCUCCUCCUCUUGCUCUCCUCAGCCUCCUCCAUUGGCUCAUCUUGGUUCCCUCUUGCUCAUCUUCAUCAACCAAUUGGUUCACCUCUUCUCCUUCCUCUUCACUCUCAGUCUCAUCACUUCCUUCUUCAUUUGGAGAGCCAUUUCCCUCUUGAACAAGGUUCACUCCAAUCUCAAACUCCCCUUGCUCACUCUCACUACUUAUGGGUCAUUCCUCUUCUUGGUUCUCCUUUCUUCCCUCAAUCUCUCACUCUCAGACUCUCCUCAGAGUAGACAUAUCCCUGCAUCAGAUUCUCUUCUCCUCUCUUGA